AUGGUGGCGCACGGACAGCCAGCUGGAGGCCGCUCCUGGGCCGGCGUCGUGGCGGGCGGCAAGGCCAAGGGCAGCUGGAGCUACUGGGUCUGCUCCAGCGGGCAGUGCAGGGAGUGGAACUGGUGCUCGCACUGGAAGUGCCGCAGCUGCGGCCGAGUGGCCCCGCCGCGGGUCAAGGCAGCUCAGCCGCCCGCGGCAGCCGAUGGCCAGGAGCAGCCCGUCGACGCCGAGGGCUUCGUCGUCCAACCCCGUGGGAGGAAAGCGAGGCGCCAGGCCAAGCGCACUGCUGCCCGUGCGGCCAGCGCGGGGGCCGCCAGUCUGGCAGGCGUCAGCGAGGCUAGCAGCGUGCAGCCGUCGGCCGCCGAGCGGCACCGCCAGGAGGUCAAGCGCAUCGAGGACUUCCUCGCGGCCCCUGGCGAGUCCAUUGACGAGGCGUGCCUGCAGUCGCUGCGCUCGGCCCUCGACCGCGAGCGCCGGCCCCCCCUGCCCAAGGCGCUCCACGGCGCUGGCAACGCCCUGGCGAAGCUGGCCAGGCAGGGGCGGGCCAAGGAGCAGGCGCUGCUCAAGGCCGAGGGAGCCCACGCGGCAGCCAUCGGCGAGCGUGAGGAAGCCAUCGCGCGAGAAGCGGCAUGCGCCGAGGCUGUUGAGGAGUGCCGAGCUGCUCUCGAGGCCCACCGUGAGGAGCAGAGGGCCGCAGAGGCCAGGCAAGCCAAGGAGGUCGGCGCGGCCUUCGUCGGCACGGACUUGCUCGGGAUGGUCUUCGGCCUCAUCCAGCAGGUCGAGGCCUUGCCCCAGGGGUUCGCCGCGGGCAACGGGGAGGCCGCCUUCGCGGAGGCCGCCAUGCAGAUCGCGGCGGUCCGCAGGCAUGCACCCCCCGAGGCUAGGGGUCGCUCUUCCUGGGCCGACACCCCCCUCGACGUCUCCGACGAGGACCUCGACGGGGAUGAGGAGGAGCGGGUGCGGGCCUCGUCAGAACCCCCUCUGCAGGACGCUGCCGAGCGCGGGAAAGCUGCGCGGCGAGGAGAGGCGCACGGUGCGUGGCCCUCAGCCCAGCCGCUGGCGAGGGACCUGGCCAACGCUGGCGCAGCCCUCCUUGACGACCAGCCGCUGGCGACGGCCGCUGACGAGCGGGUGGCCGAGUCCCUCGACGGGCGCAGCCAAGCCAAGGUGCCAAGUGACCAGCGGACGAGGUCGACGGCGGAGGAGGCCUGCAUUGGCAAGGCUUAUCUCGGGCCGCAGCCCGCCCCUGAGUCGGGCCCUCGAGAUUCUGAUGGCCGUGGCUGCGAAAGAGCGGACUGGAUCCACCACUGCUUCGCGGGCUUUGCGAUGGCCGCCCCGCCCGUCGAGGAGGCCAGCCUGUUCCUAGGCAUCUGCAAGUUCGUCGGGCACGUGCGCCACGACGUCCUUUGUUUGUCCGCCCUGCGCUUCGGCUUCAACCUGAAGCUGCUGCGCGGCCUCCCCGCCAUCUUCCUGGCCCCGAGGAUCGCGCUGGCAGGAGGCAUGGCGUCGGCCCCCUCUGGGGCCAGUGGCGCAGUGCUGGCGGGCUGCGCGUGCGCGACGGCUGCUGCUAAGCUACCCCUACUUGGGGGCCUCCUCGCAGCUGGGGAUCAGCGGCCUCUUGCCACCCUGCGCAACUUAGAGGGCGACGUCUCGCUCCAAGCUGUCGGCUCGGCGAGGCUGGUGGUCGACCAGCUCGUGGGGGCCAGUGGGGAAAUGCUGCGACACCUUCGGGAUCACCACCUCCCGCUCAAUGAGGGCAAGUCCGUGUUCCUGGCCUCGUCGGCACAGGUGGCGGACGGCCUUGCCGCCAGCUGGGCAGCCCUUGGCUUCGAGGUCAAGCGCGGGCCCCAGGCCCGCAAUAUGGGCACCGACGCCUACGUGACCAGCAGGGGAGUCCACGAGGGAGGCGCCCGCGCGGUGGGAGGCCGCUCCCGCGCCAGGCGGCUGAGAACCCUGGGCUCGGCGGGGGCCUCGGUGGUGCCCUUGCACCGCGCUGGCCCAACCGCCGCCAUGUUUCUGUUGCGGGUUGGUUGGCGCCUCUCGGCUGGGCGCAUCUUGCACACCGACGAAGGCCACGCAUUGGACAUGCUGAUCUUGGGCCCCCGCGAGCUCGGACUGCUGGCUGCGGCAGGGGCUCGCAGGGCCUCCGACAGGGCAGAGAUGACGCGGCUUCGGCACGGCGCCGCCCCCGCCAUGCCCUUGUUCUGGGACGCUCUCGGCCAGGUCAUCGGCCCGCGCGGCAAGUCCAGCGGCAGGGAGAAGGCGGCCUGGAGGUCGGACGCGGUGGCAGUCAUGUGGGUGAACAGGCCUGCCGACGGGCUGCUAGGCGGUCGCCUCUACCUCGACGGCUCGGCGCUCGACCCUGAGUUCGGAUGCAUCCGCAGGGCAGGCUGGAGUAUCGUGCAGUGCGACGAGUUCGGCAACCUGCAGGCGGCGGUGUACGGCACGGUCCGCCUAGACCUGCGCCCUUCCCAGACGGCCAAGGACGGCGAGCACUUCGCGGUCUGGCUGCUGAGCCGCUACCCCGGGCCUUCGUUCAUCGGAAUCAACAGUGACUGCGCGGCCACAGUCAGCUGCUUGCAGCCCGGCAGGAGGUAUGCGUCGGCGGCCAACAAGCCCAACGCUCACCUGUGGUCGGUCGUCUACGCCUCGCUAGACGUCGACUCGCUCUUCGUGAACAAAGUUGAGGCCCACUGCGCCGAGAUCGUCUUUCGUGGGGGCAGGAUCUCGGAGGGUCAGUGGCUUGGGAGCGCCUACGCCGACAGGCUGGCGAAGGCGGGAGCGGCCCUCCACAGGGCCAGCGCGGCUGCCAGGCGCGAGUUCUUCGGCACGAAAGAGGUCGUGCGUGGGCUCUCCAGGAGGAUCGCGCAGGUUUCGAUCGUCUGGCAGGGCAGGGCCUCCAAGGGCUGCGAGAGCCUCCCCGUGUGCGACGAGCGAAGGACGGCUGUCACCUUCGCGGUCCCGCUGAAGGAGCGUGCUGGCGGUCUGCGGGCGGCUCCCGUGUGCGAGUCGGACGCCGCGCCCGCCGCCGUUGAGGCCCGCGGGGGGCUGGCAGGCAGCCGCCCCGCCGCCGCUGGCGCCUGGGCCUCGGCUGCACGCGACGGCGGAGUCGCGCUGGGCGCCCUGGCCUUCGCCGUCGCUGGCCGCGCCCUCGCGUUCGCCAGGUGCGGUGAGGACGGCGACGAGCAGGUGAUCAUCGCGUGCACCAGGUGCGGAGCAUAUGCGAGGCUAGGCGGACGCCCUGGCCCGCAGCCCAAGCUCAGGGAGCGCUGUCCUGGGGCAACAGGCCUCCCCAGGUCGCUGCGUGGCCAGAAGUCGCCGUGGGAGCGUGGCCUACACCCUGGAGGCACGCCGCACGCCCGCGACACGCGGAGGAAGGGGGCGGAGGCCCCUCGUCUUCGCAAGGAGGCUGAGGUGCCGCAGGGCGCCAGAGAGCGCUUCCUGAAGUGGCUUGGUGUUCAGCCUGGCGCACCAGCAGGCGUCGCGAGCAGCGCCUCGGCGGCCGACGCUGCUGUGAGCGGCGCAGGUUGCGCUACCUCCUCGUCGGCUGCGGUGCCCGCUGCGGCUGGAGGCUCCGCGGCGGGAGAGGGCUCGCGGAAGGCCUGGCUGGAUGCUCACGGCCUCGACGAGGAGAGCCUGCUGAGCUGGUCACAGGAGGCCGAGGAGGCCCGACUCGAGCGCCAGAGCAG